CAAGUGUCACUUCCGUCAGAACACCAUCACCAUCGAGGCACCUCCUACUGACAGCGACUGCCACUGCAAGCGACGGCGACAGGCAGGUCAGAGCACCCGUGUCAGUGAUGGCUGCCACUAUAGAGCCUCCUCCACCAGCCGGAGCAAUGUCGCCCACCCUCGCGCUGCAGCUACGUCUCUCUCACCUGCAAUCCGUCAUCGGCCACGCUCCCUCUUCCACCAAUGCAGCUCCUGCACCUCAAGAUCACCCCUCCUCCUCCUCAUCCCCUCUUGACCAGACCCAACGCCAAAGUCAAUCUCAAUCUCAAUCCAUCCUCCUCCGAGCUCUAGCAGCCAAGCAGCUCCUCGAAUCAAGCGCCUCUACUCACUCCUCUCUCCGCAAAUUCCUACGAGACUUCGACGCCAACCGUCGUCUCCUGGAGGGAGGAUUCCGGUACGAUGCGCGUUCCUCGCCCGAUCUGGCUCGUACGAGCAGCGCUGCUUCGCGUUUCCUCUCUCUUUCCCUCUCCCUCGACCCGGCUGCUGAUGAGAAGAGUGGGAGCGGGAGCGGGAGUGGAAGUGGAAGUGGAGGAAGCAGAGAGGCGGUACUGACAACGCAGGAGCAGAUCCUGCUUGUGGUCGAGGCAGAGAGGGACAUGAGGAUGCUGGAGAGGACGCUUCUGGAGUGUGAGGCGCUGGAUAGGAGAGGCGUGGCGGGUGCUGGGAAGAUGGCUGAGUACGAACAACUCCAGCCUCUGCUGCAAGAAUGCCUUCAGAGACACAACAGCGAGCUAGCUCCCGCACAGAACGAGCUUGAGGAGGGGCUUCUGCAGCUAUUGGAGCGUUAUCAAGUGCAUGUCGACUCCCUCUCUCGGCUCUUCAUCUCGUGGGACGAGGCGCUCAAGGAGAUGGAGGACAAGGUGACCUCUUUGGAGAAGGAAAAGAGGAGACGCGGGGAGUAGAUGAAGUCACAGCCGAGCACACAAGAGAAGUAGAAGGGGUUUGCUGUAUCAUGUAUUUGU